GAUCUUUAAAAAAGUAUGCCAUCCCAGACCUACAAACGUACAAGACAAGGUACAACGAAAGGAUCCCUGCAUGGAAAAGGUCGUUCUGAUAAAAUGGCGCCGUCAUAUAAACGGCUUACAUCGAGAAUGCAUCACUGGAAUGGAUGAUAUCAUGCGAAAAGUCAACAAAAUAAUAAGAAGAAGAAUUUUGGACGAAGCUGGGCAAGGUCUUUGGCCGAACAGGUCAACCAUUCGAGCAAAGCAUCUCAUCCCUAAGUUUGCUUACACGGAACAAGUUGACCUGAAAAAGCUUCAUCCAAAUCACCAGGCGCUACCAAGGAACGCAUAUCAACGAGUAUAGACUUUUCCUGCUCAUCAAAACAGAAAGUCUUGUUUGCAUACCAUGCCGGCAUCAACAUUCUGGUCUGCUUCCCCUUCCAGCCUGAGUUUAAAGCUGCACCUAAUCAUCCAUGAGAUUGGAGGUCUGCCCAUGGACAAAUUAGAGGAUUGGAGCAAGAGCAGCUUGGUGGUGCAGAUGGAAUGGAGAGGGAGUGGAAGAAAAUCUAGUUUCUUGCCCACAGCAUUCAGAAAGAGUUGCACAUCCAAACAGCCAAUCCAUCCCGAUGGCGUUGUAAGCUGGGACGAAGGAUUCGACCAAACCUGCAAGCUUAAGAGGAAGAACUCUCGGAGUUAUAGAAGCUGGAUCAUCAACCUGGAAGUUCAAGAAUAUGAUCAGGAUUUAAAAGCGGAAGUUGUUGCCAAGACAAACAUAGAUAUUGCUGAAUUUGCCCCAUCAUACAAGGAGAAAAGAGUUGGAAUUCCAAUCAUCUGCAACAUCAGAGGCCACACUGCUCAGGCCCUGCUGAAGGUUGAAUUGCAUUUUCUUGAGCUCGAAACAAAGGGCGGCAGCACUGCAUUAAGACUGCCACGAGCUUUUAGUCUGCCACGCCCUUUUUCAUGCGCAGGAUUUCCACAAGACUAUAAUAACAGAAUUCAACAUCCAACCAGCAGUCUAUCAAAGUAUCUUUCUGAAGCAGAAACCUCAUCAGAUGAUGAGCAUGAAUUAAAUUAUCGGAAGCUAUCAGUGACUAAUAUCCUCCUUUUUGACCAAUUCAAUGGCAAGAUUGAAGAUCAUAAGGAUAAGAAAGAUCGGUAUUUCCAGGGAUCACCUGACAGGAUCAAACAGCAGCCUUCCCUUGUCAGGCUCCUUUCAUGGAACAAGAUGAAGGUGAGUUUCAAAGCAGUAAACUACCACAGAGGAGCACCACUCCUGAACAAGGCAUGCGGAGAAGAUGGCGGCGACGACAUCGACAGCGAACGGCGCCGCCGAUCGAUCAGCCAAUUCUUGGCACUUUCACUAGAAACUGAAGUGCAUCCUGAGGGGAAGCCACAGCCUUUGGGAUUUGAAGAUGAUGGUCGGUUUGAAGUUGGAAAUUGGCAGAAGAAGAGAGUGGCAAGCAGAGAUGGGCAGAUGGAGCUUGUAACUGAUAUAUUUCUUGCAUCCAUUGAUCAGCGCAGCGAGAAAGCUGCAGGUGGAAGUGCCUGCACAGUUAUUGCAGUCGUCAUCGCUGACUGGUUGCACAACAAUCCAAAAACUCUGCCGUUGCGAUGCCAAUUUGACGAGCUGGUACGUGAAGGAUCCUUGGAAUGGAGAAAACUCUGUGCGGAUGAGAACCACAAGGGGAGAUUCUCCGACCAUCACUUCGACCUCGAUACUGUAUUAGCAGCAAAAAUACGGCCACUGUCAGAAGUCAAGAAGCUGUCCUAUGUAGGAUUUUUCAGCCUCGACGACAUGCCCGACAGUCUUCAAUUCCUGCAAGGGGCCGUGUCCUUUGACACCGUAUGGAAGGAGCUCGUCCGCGGCGAUGCAUCUAGAGAGGGAAUAUACGUUGCAAGUUGGAAUGACCAUUUCUUUGUUCUCAAAAUAGAAGACAAUGCCAUUUAUUUGAUCGACACCUUCGGCGAAAGGCUGUUCGAAGGCUGCAAACAAGCAUACAUUUUGAAGUUCAGCAAAGAGAGCGUGGUUUACCGACGGCAUGCAGAUUCAGAAUCCCAAACUAGAGACUCUGAUGAGCGCACUGAAAGCAUUCCACAUAGUGAAGGAAUGGAUGAGGAUGGUAAUUCAUCUAAAGAGGUGGUCUGCGAAGGAACGGCAUCCUGUAAACAAUACAUCAAGGAAUUCCUCGCAGCUCUUCCACUGAGAGAACUUCAAAAUGAAAUUAAGAGGGGGGUGGUGGAAGAAGCCAUUUUGCAUCGGCAGCUGCAGAUAGAGUUCCACUACACAGCUCCUUGUUAUACGUGAACUUAGACCAUAGAAAACGGAUAUAAUAUGAAUUUGUUAUGUUUUGAUGGGCAAACAAUACGCUGAUUGUGUAAUUGCACUGCAUGCAUACGAUGUUAACUUUUACAGUCAAAUUCCAACAAAAUCAAUAAAAUGCUGUAAUGUUAAAGAAAAUAUUGAUAACAAAGAGAAUAUGGGAAAAUUUGAUCGAGCAGUUUCGGUUAUUCGAUUUCUUCUGAUGUGCCCAGCAAAAUUCAUCCGCACCAUGUCAAAAGUGAAUUGCGUAAGUUUAUAAAAUAAAAUGUCGAUGGUGGCGUUUAGAGUUUGGGCCGCUCAGAAAAUUCAAGUUAUUUUCAUACUGAAGUAGAAUAAUUCUCUUGAAAAAACACAUUCAUAGAUUAAGUGACACCAUUUCCUCCUCAGAGAGGACUAGAGGAGGGGCAGGGUGGGGGGAUGAUACCUACUUAUUUCCCUUGCCUAAUGGAUUGGCAGCUUAUCUGGCUAGAUCUUUCACAUUAGGGAGUGAAGAUCCAAAUGAAGCCCUAAACUUUGGAUCCUCUGAACGAAUUUUAAAUUCUCCCUGUUUACGAAUUAUUCACCCCUCCAAUCCAAUCUUUCUUUUGUACCAUGCAGAAUAGUUCAUCCUGAUAUGCAAUGUUAUCAUACAUUUUUUGAAGUUGCAUUUACUACUUUUAGGCCUUCAUCUGAAAAAAAGAAAAAACUAGAAUUUCUUACAUAACCCAUCCUCCUUUAUGAAAGCCACUCUGAUUAAGUCAGCUAUAUCCCACUAGGAUUUCUUUCAACAAUCAACAUUAUUGUAACACUUAGAAGUGCUGAUUUGAGUGGAUGACUAUAUAUUAGUA